CUUGGUUAAAUAUUGUUGUUACUUUCUCCUUACACUUCUCUCUUCAAGCCAUGAUGCCCCAAAAAAGAAGAAGAGUCCGCCGUAGCAGUAAAAACGAACUUCAAUUUGAGACCUACUAUGUAACGGGUAUAUCCAGUGAGGGAGAUGGGAGUGGAAGUGGAAGUUCCAAUAAUCUUAAAAUUACUACCUGUCAUACUGAUUACCAGAUAUACGACAUGUCGGGGGCACUGGAAAAGUCGCCCCCACCCUGCCACCCCAAGAAUUUCUUUUUUGACAAGUGGGAAGAUACUGACGUGACGCUAAACGUGGGGGACCUUGUCUUCAGAGGUCACAAGAAACAUCUUGCACGAUGUUGUCGGUAUUUUGAGGGGAUGUUUGGUAAUAACAUGCGAGAGUGCCGGAAGAAGGAGAUAACAAUUCACGAGGUAGACGAGGCCAGUUUCAGAGCCAUCCUCACCAGUUUCUACACUGGGUUUCUGUCUGUUUGUUCUCAGUGUGUCAUCAGGAUUCUCAGAACAGGAACGUUUCUACAUUGUGAAGUGGUGAACGAUGUGUGUGAGAAUUACAUGCUGUCUCAUAUGGCCCUAGCUACAGUGUUUGACGUGUUUGAUAUUGCAGCUGAGUUGGGUUAUGAAAGGAUCACCAACCAGGCCAUCAAACUCAUCUGCUCUAAUCUAGGACCAGAAGCUAACCUGUUUGAGACCGAGGAUUUUCUGAACCUAACACCAGGAAGAAUGUCUAUUCUCCUAGACAACUGGUGGACUAACUGCAGUGAAACAGAGUUAGCAACAGCAGUUAUACGCUGGGCUGCUCGCACGUGGGAGUGGUACGAUAUCCUGGCUCCUGGAGCUGUCACCUUGUCACCUGGAUCAGGUGUUCUAACACCCUCCAGCUCUAGGAGGAGUAGCAGCACCUCUUUCAAUGACAACGCUUCGUUUAAUGACAGCGGAAUUGUCGUAAGUGACGGAUACUUGGUGGAGUUCUCUGAGGAAAUGCUUGAGAUUCCAUCCCCUCCUCCCUCCCUUCCACCUCCCUUCCUUCCUCCCCCGCCCCCGGGUACUGUCUCUCCACCAACCUCCCUCCCAGGGACUUCAGACGAUUUCACCGAGACUCCUUCUCCAAGAUCCGGACGUACCACUAAAACUUACAAGAGACGCUCAAGAAGCUCACCAAGAAAAGCAGCGGAAACUUCAACCAGACAAGCUGUAGAAAGCAGCGGAAAACGAAAGCGAAAGCGAGAGGACGACACUGAAAGCGAAACCGAGUUGCAGAUCCGAGGUCUAGCUCAGGUCCAGCAGGGACAGCGUGAGAUCAGUGAGGUUCUCAAGAAACUGGAGUUUAAUAACAUGGAGAUACGGUCUUUGCGGGGGUUCCUGAAGCAAGAUAUCAUUGUGAAAGUUCCGGAAGUGUACCAUCACAUCAGACGGCUAGCUGGAGCGGUUCAGUAUAGGUGUUUCCCAGAGAGAGGGUCUAAAGUAUCAGUGUCUCUCUGCUAUCACCGCUGUUACAGAACCUGCGAGAACCCUACCCGAACCACCGUCCUGUACUACUAUCACAACAACAGGUGGCAAAUCCUCGACAACGCCUUCAACAUCAACCUCAUCUCCGUCAAGUCCCUCGUUCUAAGCGACUUCCUCUACCUGUUCGGAAUGCAGAAACUACCUGGACAGCAGGCAGAGCCACGAGCGUUCCGGUUCAACCAGUUUACGGGGGUGUGGAGUGAGAUCGCUGUUCCGCCACAUUCUUUUAAUGCCAAUGUGAGGUGUUUGGCGUACAAGGGUACUAUUCUUAUGAUAGGGGCGACAACUAGUCUGGAUCCAGGAUUGUCUACAGUCCAAAAAAGCUUUGUUAGAGUGUUACAAUACAUUCCUCACACUGACUCCUGGCAAGAGCUAGAAACAGAGUUACCAAUAACAAACUAUCAGCUGCAACGUUACGUUAGUUCUAUCAUUGUACACGAGGGACUACUCUACUACGUAUCUCAUAAUACUCUCUGCUCUUUCAAUAUCGACGAGGAAGCACCUCGGCAGAGGGUGGUAGCGGUGAUAAGUCAGAUGUUCACUGAUAUCAGUAACUAUUGGCUCUUUGCUUACCGGGACACAAUAAUAAUAUUGGGUGGUCUCUGUACCGUACAGGGAGGCGGCAACUGGCAGAACAGAGAGAUCCUGAUCUACAAUCUGACCUCGGAGUCCUGGACCAUCAUCCAGAACCACAAGCCCUCCCCAAUGUACGAGAUGUUAACUGGCAUGAUCUACCAUGAUAAGAUAUACACAGUGAGUCACGCUGCAGUAGGAGGUGACAGUGUAGCUAAGGUAGAGCUGUUCGACCUGACACGACACAAGUGGAAGAAAGGAACCAACUUAAAGUACGACAGUCCGGUACACUGUGUAGAGUACGGUCUCACUGUGGGCUGCAUGCUCGUCAAACCUCAGGAAUCAGACUAACUUCCUACAUUCUUAGCUUUCUAACUUCCUAGAUUCCUAGCUUCCUAACUUCCUAGCUUCCUAACUUCCUAGCUUCUUAACUUCCUAACUUCCUACAUUCUUAGCUUCCUAACUUCCUACAUUCCUAGCUUCCUAACGUCCUAGCUUCCUAACUUCCUAACUUCCUACAUUCAUAGCUUCAUAACUUCUUAGCUUUUUAGCUUCUUAACUUCAAAGUGUGUUCGAGCUGACUAUUUGAUAACUUUUUUAAUCGUCCCAUUAACCUUACUUUGUAGCGAACUUUUUGUUAAUGUCUUAUUUAGAAUUUAAAAUUUACUUUUAAGUUCACUAAACAAUUUUAAGAUUUAUAAUAUGCGACCAACUUUGUUUCUAAUAUUGUGAGAGUGAACGGUGAAAUCGCAAAUAUAUCAUGUGAUACAGUUGAUACUGUCACUUUCACUUUCACGUUCGCUUUCUUAAUUCUUUGUUUUUCUUCCUUGUGCAUUGUCCACCUCACAAUAGAGUCCUUUCUUUGAAUAUAAAUGCUAAACUUUAUCUAUGUGUAAAAGAAAAAGACGUAUUGCAGUUUUCUGUAAUCAUUUGUAGUCGAUAUAUUCUAAUUCAAAUAUAAAUGAAUGAAGUAAAAUUUUAAAGAUAAUUUGAACGUUAGAUAUUUUAAGAAUUAAGUGAUAGUUGCUACCUUAUCUAUCAAAUCCUAUUGCAUCAUUAAGAAUGAGAUCAUACAAAACGUCCAAUAGAAUUUAGAAAAUGUGCUUGUUUGGCGAUCAAGUUUUGGUCGUAAUAUUUGCAAGUCUAAAUGAGUAUUAUAAUAAUGCUAUGCAAUAGGAUGUGAGUCUAUUUAAAGUGUUUAUCUACUCAUUAAUUUAUGAUUGACAAAUUUAAAAUCUGAUCUAAGUUUCGUUUAAAUAGAGUAACAGGUAAAUGUAAUGUAUGAUACAUUUUAUGUUUAACUUUAAUAUGCAUUAUUUUAUAUCUGAUAUUAAUUUAAAUGGGCAUAUUUGUAAAAACGUUAUGUUAUAUUCUUAUAUUUAUGCUAUUAUUUUUUAUCUCAGACAUUUUUAAGUUCCAUAAUCUUAAAUCUGCUCUAAUUAUAAAAUUGAAAAUAUGAUUAUUACAAUUAAUAUUAUAAGGGGUGUAAUUUACGACUUAUUGUUAUUGUGUAUGUAUCAUACAAAUUUAAACGAAAUAAUGUGUUAAGUUUUAAGUUUAAACUGUUAAAGUUUGGAGUUUGAUUAUGGGCUCUGAGUGAGUUGCCAUUCUUAAGCGAGUUAAAUUUUUAAAGCGAGUUGUAUUUUAAAGUGAAUUGUAUUUUAAAGUGAGUUAUAAUUUUAAUCUUCGAUCAAUUUAUUUUAUUGACGGUUACACAAAUUAUUUUCUAAGAUAUGGGAUUAUAUAGAAUGAUUUUACAUCUUCGUACAUUGAAAAUUCAAUUUAAACUGUUUAGUAGAUCACUAGGGCUGUUGAAACUACUUUUUUUUAAACAACCCAUAGGAAAAAUUUCAUUUGUGUCCUAAAAGGCGAAGUCUUAUUUUGAACUUCUACACAAUUGAAUUAUUAGUUUUCUACACGAGUUCGAUCUUUUAAUGUAUACACUCUUUAUUUGAAAUAUACCUUAUAACGUUUGAUUUGUAAAAUGCGUUGAUAAUGUACGUGUAAUUAACUUGUUUAAUUUGUAGUAAUCUUAAUUUAAAUGUAAUAGAGUACUUUUAAUUUCAAUAAUUCAACAAUUGUAGUGGCAGGGCUUGCAUCUGUUUUUGCAUGGUCGACUUGAGGUCUGUAUUAUAGGUUUCACAUUGUUUUAAAUUAAUUUUCUUUACAUUUACACAUUUCAAUUUU